UUCCCACCCCACCUUACAUUACAUUGUUGUUGCCCAUUUUAUAUAAGCCGCACAAUCUUCUUGUUAUAGCAACAACCUACAACAAUUAGGGAGAGAAGGGUCCUAAUAAGACCAGUGCCUUGGGAGUAAAAAAAAAAAAUCCCAAAACCCCUCAUUAUAUAAAGAGGGAGAGAGAGAGGAAGAGAGAAAGAAAGAAGUUAAGGAGAGAGUGCAAAGCAGCGCGCACACACAGAGACCCCCUAAAAAAAGAAAAGAGAAAAACAUUCUCUUCAUCUCAUCUCUUUCUAUAUACGUUUCUUAUUCUCUUGUCUUUUUGUUACCUUUUUUUAUUACUCUUUGCUUCUGUCUCUGCUUUUUGUCAAAUGCGGUGUUGUUCUGUUCUCUUUUAAUUUGGUUUGAUCAGAGAGAGAGAGAGAGAGAGAGAUUUGACUUCUCUUACAAUCAAUUGUUUGGUCUCUACUUAUCCUCGUGAAAAGAACCAACUAAAAAAAAGUGUUUCUAUAUUGAGAUCUCAUCUAGCUAGCUACCUACACAUAGUACAUAGUGUCACUGACAUUAUUCCAGCUCCGUCAAUUCAUCCAUUGUUUUGCGUGACCCAGAAGAAAAUUACAAAUAAAUAAAUAAAUAUUCCUGCUUCUUUAACAAAGAUUGUUAUUAGCUUGUUCUUAUUAUAAACCUCUCUUCCACUACUUUCUCUUGUGUGUGUGUGUGUGUUUUGUCUCUUGAAUAUGGAUGGGGUUUCGUUUGAAGGCGCAAAGGAUGACAUAACAAUGCAGUUUGCAAUGGUGUGGAGCCAGAUCAAAGCGCCAUUGAUAGUUCCAAUGCUGAGGAUCGCGGUGUUUUUAUGCUUGAUCAUGUCGGUGAUGAUGUUCAUAGAGAGAGUGUAUAUGGGCAUUGUGAUUAGUCUCGUGAAAUUGUUUGGAAGAAGGCCUGAGAAGCGUUACAAGUGGGAGCCAAUGAAGGACGAUGUUGAGUUAGGAAACUCUUCUUACCCCAUGGUUCUUGUUCAGAUUCCUAUGUACAAUGAAAGAGAGGUAAGUUAAUUAGUUUGUUUGAGUAUUCAUUAUACUCUUCAUAAUACACAAAGAUGGCUUCUUAUUAUAUUGCUUGUAAAAAUAAAUUAGCCAAAAUCAAAGGAAUUGGUGCAGAUAGAAUGCCAAAGGUGGGCAAGCAAAGGUGUGAACAUAAAGUAUGAAGUGAGGGACAACAGGAACGGAUACAAAGCAGGGGCUCUCAAAGAAGGCAUGAAACGAAGCUAUGUUAAGCAAUGCGAUUACGUUGCCAUUUUCGACGCUGAUUUUCAGCCUGAGCCUGAUUUCUUGUGGCGAACCAUCCCAUUCUUAGUGCACAAUCCUGAGCUUGCUCUCGUUCAGGCUCGUUGGAAAUUUGUGAAUUCCGAUGAAUGUUUGAUGACCAGGAUGCAAGAGAUGUCACUGGAUUACCAUUUCACAGUGGAACAAGAAGUGGGCUCUUCCAGUUAUGCCUUCUUUGGUUUCAACGGGACUGCUGGAGUAUGGAGAAUUGCGGCGCUAAAUGAGGCUGGUGGGUGGAAAGAUAGGACCACAGUGGAGGAUAUGGACCUUGCUGUCCGAGCUAGUCUCAAGGGAUGGAAAUUCUGUUACCUCUCCGAUUUGAAGGUUAAAAAUGAGUUGCCAAGUACUUUGAAGGCCUACCGCUACCAACAGCACCGUUGGUCUUGUGGGCCCGCCAAUCUUUUCAGGAAGAUGGUUUUGGAAAUUAUCAGAAACAAGAAAGUGUCAACUUGGAAGAAGGUACAUGUGAUUUACAGCUUCUUCUUCGUUAGGAAAGUUAUAGCACACAUCAACACGUUUGUGUUCUACUGCAUCGUGUUACCUGCGACCGUUGUGGUUCCUGAGGUUGUGGUUCCAAAAUGGGGUGCUGUCUAUAUCCCUUCUGUCAUCACCCUUCUAAAUGCAGUUGGAACUCCAAGGUCGCUCCAUUUACUUGUGUUCUGGAUUCUCUUUGAGAAUGUCAUGUCUCUUCAUAGAACAAAGGCGACAAUUAUCGGUUUACUCGAGGCUAGCCGAGUCAACGAAUGGGUUGUCACUGAAAAGCUUGGAGAUGCUCUCAAGAGUAAAGCCGGAGGUAAAGUAGCAUCGAAGAAGCCUCGAUUCAAGAUUGGAGACAGGAUUCACUUGUUGGAACUUGGUGUGGGAUUUUACCUCUUCUUCUGUGGCUGUUACGAUGUUAUGUUCGGGAAGAACCACUACUUCAUCUUCCUUUUCAUCCAAGCAAUUGCGUUCUUCAUCAUGGCAUUUGGAUAUGUUGGCACCUUUGUUCCCACCUCGUAAAACUAUUUGGCUAUGUUCUUCAUUCAGCGAAAUUUUCAGUUUGUGCCUUCACUUGUCAAAUGCGUUGUAGUAUAUAGGGUCUGGCAAAUUACACAGCAUAUUAGUAUAAAAAGAAAAGGGGUGAUCAUUUUUUUUAAGGUUUUGCAUAAACAGAGUCUCUGACUCUUUAAAAGAGUAAAUUUCCUUGUGAAUAGCAAAAGGCAUAUAACGGAAGUUAACGGAGGUUCUUCACCUGGGAAACAAGUAUACACAAAAGACGAACACAGCGUCGACAGCAUCUAUGGUGGAUUGUUGAUAAGAUUUUGUAGCUUUUUUUUUUCUUUUUCCUUUUUAUUUGUAAACACUUUUAAUUUAAUUUCUUUACAUUGUAUUUGUUUGAUGAAAUAAGCAGCUCUAAGAAAUGGCUUAAAAUACACAGAAGGUUCUAUA